CUUUAUCAGCUCGUUCUUGACCUCCUGCAGGCCAUUUCGUUUCAAGAAGGAUAGACAACCGUCAAGCGUCAAGAUGGAUAUCGAUAAAAUGUUUAAACUCCCGGCGCUUCCUUCGGGGGGGAACAAGCGCAAGAUGGGCGAUCUGCCUAAUCCUGAAACGUUAAAAAAAUACAAGCCUUCCGAACCGCAAGCUGCUUCUGAGAUGAUGCCCCCUCCUCCACCUGGCGGACUGAAUGGGAAAGGAAAAGGGAGAGCGGUGACGGUAGAGGAUGAUGAUGUCGAGGCCGAAUACUCGCGAGAUGUAGGAGAAGACGUCUAUGAUGGUGAAGACGACGAGGAAGGAAGGUUCUUUGGGGGUGGGCUUAAUAGGGAGCAGGAGCAAAUCCUUGAUAUAUUUGAUGCAGCCGGCGAAGGCGAACAAGGUCCCGCUCUUGAUCUACCAGCGCUCAGGAGGCAGAUAGGCAAGUUUCAGCGGAUUGUCUUGAAAAAUGCCGAGCAGCGUGGAAAAUACUCUGAUGAUCCUUCCAAAUUCAUCGACUCUGAAUCCGACCUCGAUACCUCUCUCAAAGCUUUCCUCCCUCUCACUCAGAACCCGCCGCUCUUCUACCCCGAACUCGUGAAAUCCGGUAUCAUCCCCAUUUUCGCCAACUUGCUUUCUCACGAAAAUACCGAUAUAGCGAUGGACGUUGUGGAGGUGAUACAAGAGUUGACGGAUGAAGAUGUUGGAGGGGAAGUGGAUGAUUUGGACCAUGAGGAAGAGACGGGAAGUGAGACGAGGAUGGCAAUGGGUCAAUUAAUCGACGAGCUUCUGAACAACUCUCUUCUCGACUUGCUCGUUUCUAACCUCUCUCGUCUUGACGAAUCCGAAGAUACCGACUCUCAAGGUGUUUUCCACAUCCUCGGCGUCUUCGAAAACCUUUUAUCAUUUAUGCCUCCCCUGGCCGAUCAGAUUGUUGAAGAAACGGCUCUACUCCAGUGGUUAUUACAGCGUAUCAAGAAGAAGGAGUAUGAUAGCAAUAAGCAAUACGCGAGUGAGAUCAUAGCGAUCCUGUUGCAGGAUAGUCGGGCGAAUGUGCUCAAGCUGGGCCAGUUGGAUGGAAUGGACGUGAUGUUGCAGGUUUUGUCUCAAUACCUCAAGACAGAUCCUGGAGACAGCGAGGAAGUAGAGUUUAUGGAGAACGUGUUUGACAGCGUCUGCUCUUCUUUGGCCCAGCCUGAAAUGAAAAAAGCAUUCUUCGAUGCUGAAGGUGUGGAGCUCAUGGUCCUUAUGAUGAAGGAAAAGCGCCUCGCCAAAACACGCGCAAUCAAAGUCCUCGAUUAUGCCCUCCAAACGGAAUCCGGCUCUCCCGCAUGUGAACGCUUCGUCCAAGCUCUCGGUCUCAAAACCUUUUUCUCCGCCUUCAUGUCCUCCGCCUCCUCAAAGGCAGGAGGGAAGAAGAGCAAAUCCAAACUUGGCGCUGCUGCGGCCACUUCGGCAAUUGAGGAUGAAGAACACAUGCUCGGUAUUUUGGCGAGCCUCUUUACGAAUCUUGCAAGUGACAGUCCGGAGAGAAUUCGGGUGAUUGCCAAAUUUGUGGAAGGAGGUUAUGAAAAGGUGGAGAGGCUGUUGGAGGUGAGGGAAGCUGCUGAAGGGAGGUUGGGGUCGGUUAUCAAGGAGAUUGAAUACGAGCGGGAAGUGAUGCAAGCGAACGAAGAAGAAAUCACCGACGUUGAAGAAACAGAGUGGUAUCUCCGAAAGAUGGAUGCGGGGCUUGCGUCGUUGCAAAAUGCAGACUACGUAUUGGCAUGGGUCUGUAUGGAGGAUGAUGGGGCCAUGACACAUGCUCGAUUGUUGUUAUCAAGAAAGAACAUGAACUUCAAGACGAUUGCAGCUGUCCUGACCGAGUUCAAGAACAAUGUCGGCGAUAAUGAUGAGCCAAACGAGGAAGAUGGACAAAGAGAAGCGGAUGAUGCGGUGAACACUCAAAAGAUGAUAUUGGAGCAUUUGAUUGCGUUUUUGGAAGGUCUUUGAGAGACAAAGACGUACAUCUGAACUAGUAGACGAGGUGAAAAGUAUGCACAUAUAUUUUCCCAUUCAAGUUCGUUGCAAACGGACAAUCGAUAUCUGAGUAUUUGG